UCUCCUGUUGGUGUGCACGUGGUUUUUCCAAGAGGCAAGGCAAGGCAAGCGAGAUGGGCCGGCGAGGCAAGGGCGCAGCCGCGUCAAGAGGAGGAAACGCGGAUGCAGAGGAACAAGAGCCAGUGUAUGGCCGCGUGUUUGGCGAUGCGCACGACGAGGACGAUCUCGUGCGCACAGAUAUCCUCGACUACCAGGCACUCAGAGAAAAGGACCCCGGUGAACGCAAUGCCUCGAGUGAUGAGGAUGACGACGAUACCAUGGCCGUGCUGGGCCUGGACCGCUACGACGAAGGCGAUGACGAGGAUGAGGACGAUGAGGACGAUGCUGCUGCAGAUGACUACGACUUUGGCGGGCGCGAUGAGGACGAUGGUGAUGCUGCUGCUGCUGGUGACGACGAGGAUGACAGUGACGGCCGCGCUCGCGUGGAUCUGGCCAUGCUGCGCGAAAUGGGGGAAGACCUGCUUCUGCCAAGCAACAUGGACUACAUCAACAAGAUGGCGGGGUACAACCAACACGGCGACAUUGUGGACCGCAAGAACGCCGAGGCGAAGCAGGAGGCGUUUCUGAACCGCUGGGGGUCGAACAAGCAGGUGUUCUACGGCACCAACUACGUGGACCACGACUUCAAGCACAACGACGAGGAGCUGCAGGAGGCGAAAGACGAGGAGGUGGAGGCCCUGCGACUGCAGAAGCAGCAAGCCGAGGCAAUGGACGAGGGCGACUUUGAUGCGCUUCUGCCUGCAGCUGUCAAGGAGACCGGCGUGGCAGCACAACAGCAGCAGCAGCAACAAGGCGCGCAUCCGCUGGAAGCGCUGGACGACCAGCCCGUCACCGUGGAACGCGACCUCUCCCAACUCACACAGAAGCAGCGCAUGAAGAUGCUGCGCAAGGCUCUUCCCGAGCUCGCCAGACACACUGCAUUCAUGCAGCAGCAGGUUGUGCGAUUGCGGGAGGUGCUUGAGCCGCUGCAUCAGCGGAUACAGAAGCUGUCCAAGGCGGCCGAGUUGCCGCAGUGGGCAGAGUACGUGGUCUUCCAGUACAAGCUGGCCACGGCCUACACAACCAACGUGCUGUACCUCAUCUAUGCGCAGGCCAAGGGCACGCUGCGGCAGUCGCACCCGAGCUACACGGCGUGCAGCACGCUGCGGACGGGUCUGGAGGCGACGUCGUCGGCAGCCAUCGACGAGCGGCUGGCACGCGUCAUAUCCGGGGACGAGGACGCGGAGGAGGAACCCGUGCCCGCAACAGCGGCAGAGGCGAUGCUGGCAGAGGAAGAGAGCGCAGAGGAGGAGGAGGACGAGGACGAGGAGGGAGGACAGGAUCUGGACGAAGCCGCCCUCAACAAGGCGGCACUCAAGCUGUACAAGAAGGCAGCAAAGCUGGCAAAGGACAAGAAGAAGCGCAAGCAACAAAAGCGGGAUGCGAUUGUCAAGGCACGGCUUGGGCAGGGCGAGGACGGGGCGCGCGCCAUCACGUACGCCAUCCAGAAGAACAAGGGCCUGCUGCCGUCGCGCAAGAAGGAAUACCGCAACCCGCGCAUUCGCCAGCGCAACAAGUACAAGCGCGCGCAGAAGAAGCGGCGCGGCGUGGUCAAGGAGGCCGUCAAGGAGAUUCCAAAGGACAGCGGCAGCCGCACCGGUAUCUCCAGGACCACCAUCAAGUCAACCCGCCUGUCGUGAUCACAGCCACGCUUGCUGUUGUUGCUGGCGGUGGUGGCGGCAUUCUUUUAUUUUCUUGAACCUUGACUUAUCAUUAAACGCCGUA